AAAAUGUAAAUUUGUAGGAGGGAGAUUUAACUUUACCAAACAUAAAUAAUAUAAAAAACAUGAAGCACUUAGUAAGCUCACCAAACUACCCUGAGUUCCCAGCUUCCCCUUCAUUGCUGAACUCCUUUGCCUCCUCAGCGGCAGUCUGCAGUGUUCCAGGAGCAGUCCCUCGCACGGUAAGCGCGAUGACCGAUCAAGAAAGAGAAGAAGACGUCUGGGCAAAAGCCACAAAAGCAGUCGAUGACUUGUACGAGCUUCGGGACACCUACUUCCCUCCCAACCCAGAUGACAAAGUCUCCAGAUUGCAUCGAGAAUCCGAUCUUGCUCUCAAGCUCCUUGAUUGUAUUCCUCCAGAGAAAAGGAAACUACCUAUGGAACGUGGAAUGUAUGAGUAUCUAAGAGGGAAGAUAUUAGACGUAGUGCCUGAUUAUAAGAAGGAAGCAGAGGAUCAUCUCUCAAAAGCUGUUAAGUUAAAUCCAUCUCUUGCAGAUGCUUGGCUAUGUUUAGGUAACAGCAUUUGGAAGAAGGGAGAUUUACCUUCAGCGAAUAACUGUUUUACUCUUGCACUAAGCAAGGGUCCAAACAAGAAGAUACUCUGUCAAUUAUCAAUGCUUGAAAGAAAAAUGGCUCAAGGUGCUGAGAAUCAGGCGGAGAUUGUUGAAGAAAGCAUUAAACAUGCCAAGGAAGCUAUAACUUUGGAUGUCAAGGAUGGGAACUCUUGGUACAUCCUUGGAAAUGCCAGCCUUACAAGUUUCUUUGUGACUGGAGCAUGGGACCAUAGCAAACUUCUUCAGUCAUUAAAGGCAUAUCGAAAUGCUGAGAAGGAUGAAAGGAUGAAGUCAAAUCCAGACCUCUAUUUCAACUGUGCAACUGUAAAUAAAUACCUAGAGAAUUAUGAGAGUUCUCUUAAUGGCUUUGAAGCUGCUGCCUCAAAGGAUCCUAGUCUCAAUGCUGCUGAGGAGGUUCAAAAGAUGGUCAAUCUGCUCGAUAAGCUCGACAAUAUGUUGAAGGGACAUGUUAGAGCUAAAAGACUUGCUUCUUUAGCAGCAUCUCUGGGUGCUAUUGAUUGUAAGCAGCCUAUCCCUUCCUUGGUGUGUGAAUCCUUCGUACAACAGGGCCACUGUAGAUAUGCUCUCUGAAGGGCUAAACAAAGCAGUAGCUAUAUUGGGAAAAGUGUUAUUCUUUGUUAAGCAUGAGAAUGCCACUCCUCUAUACUUUCUGGUAUGUGAUUCAAAUCAAAAUUGUUUUGUUCUAUCAGUAUAUGGCUUACAAAAUGAUGCGGUAAGAGAUCUGCUUCCCUGCCCCCCCCCUGCAGGUGCAUACCUGCUAAUGUCAGAUGACUGUAAAUAAGAUCAAUAAACUGUAAAUUAAUUACACCCCAAAAAUAAAUUUGGAAAACAGUAGACUGCCACCUUAUAUAUAAGUAUUCAAAUCCUCCAUCACAGUAAUUAAACCUUCUGCUCACAGAUUAAAGAAGGUGAUUGGCUAAAACUUUUGGACCCGAAUUACCGCCACGUUGAUUUUUCCUGGAAGGAGAAGCAUUAUCAAUUCAAAUCAGUACGUGUGGAUUUCCUAGAACAAAUGUUCGUGAAUGGAAAAGCUCUUUCCCCCCGUCAAGCCGUUCGUACAUCCAUAUAUGCACAACAUAAACCAUGAAUAAGUUCCCUGAAGUGUAAUUUUGUGUGUUUCUACAGGGCCUUUGUUCAUUUUUCAGAUUCCCUUUAUGCUGUAUUUAGUGUAAAUACAUCAGGGAAAAAAGAAAGGAAAAGCGAGUUUACUUUCCUGUUUUCAAGUGAUGAUACCUGGUAAAAAACAGAAAAUUUGUACAUCAGAUGGAGUCUGCAUCUUGUUUCUUCAUAUCUUGAUGUUGCUGUAGUUUUUAUACUCAU